UAGCCAAAAAAUUUCAGUUGGUGUUUCAGCGCGAUUUAGGUCUGGUCGUCGGUUUUGACGGACAAUCAACAUUCACAGCGCAUCAUGUCCAACGUCGCCAAAGGUGUUGAUAAGGACGAAAAGUCCUAUUACCAAAGUAAUUUAAUACUGGCGGAAAAAAUGCCGGAAAACGGAAAUCCUGCCAAGUACGCGCUACAAAUCAGUGAUGGUGAUGGUCGGCAAGAUGAUACAACGAAGGGCAAGAAGAAAAAGUCAAAAAAAGAUGAUAAAGAAGAAGAUGAUGUUGAACCGGUUGCAUUUUUAAAAAUGUUUGUAUAUUCCACAACGAAGGAUAAACUUUUAUAUGCUUUGGGAAUUUUAUGUGCCGUGGCCACCGGUUUGACAACGCCUGCCAACAGCUUAAUAUUUGGUAAUUUAGCAAAUAGCAUGAUCUCGUUUGCUGAUCCUGGAAAUUCCACAGGCGCCUCCCUGGCUGAUACCCUUUUGGAUGCCGUGGAAGUGUUUGCCUAUCAAAAUAGUAUAAUCGGUGCUGUUAUGCUCAUUUGCAGUUAUAUAUCGAUAACGACUUUUAAUUAUGCUGCUAAUGCGCAAAUCUUACGUAUACGUGGUAAAUUUCUUAGAUCAAUAUUACAUCAGGAUAUGGCGUGGUAUGAUUUCAAUCAAAGUGGUGAGGUUGCCAGUCGAAUGAAUGAAGAUUUGUCUAAAAUGGAGGAUGGCAUAGCUGAAAAGGUUGUUAUGUUUGUGCAUUAUAUUGUGGCCUUCAUUGGUUCAUUAGUUUUAGCCUUUAUAAAAGGUUGGCAGCUAUCUUUGGUAUGUCUAACCAGUCUACCGGUAACAUUAAUAUCCCUGAGUCUAGUGACUGUGGCCACCUCAAAAUUAUCGAAAAAGGAGUUAAACGUUUAUGCUGUGGCUGGCAACAUUGCCGAGGAGGCAUUGAGUGGUAUACGUACGGUGAAAACGUUUGAGGGCGAAUAUAAGGAGGUGCAUGCCUAUAAGACACAAAUUGUUGAUGCGCGUAAAAUUAAUAUUAAACGUAAUAUGUUUUCGGGUUUGGGCUUCGGUUUGCUUUGGUUCUUCAUUUACGCCUCAUACGCUUUGGCCUUCUGGUAUGGCGUUGGUUUAGUCUUGAAAAAUUAUGCCGGUGAGGCUGCCUACUCAAAUUAUGAUCCUGGUACUAUGAUAACGGUAUUUUUUUCCGUCAUGAUGGGCUCUAUGAAUAUGGGUAUGGCCUCGCCAUAUAUCGAAGCGUUUGGUACUGCUAAAGGUGCUUGCGCUAAAGUAUUUAAGCUUAUCGAACAAGUCCCAACAAUAAAUCCCAUCGAACCGAGGGGUAAUAAUUUGAAUCAACCACUGGUACAUAUAGAACUACGUAACGUUAGUUUCACAUAUCCUUCACGUAAAGAAGUGCAAAUCCUUAAUAAGCUAAAUUUAACAAUACAUCGCGGUCAAACAAUAGCUUUGGUCGGCUCAUCAGGUUGCGGCAAAUCUACGAUUAUACAGCUUGUACAACGUUUCUACGAUCCUCAAGAGGGCAGUGUCUACUUUAACGAUGUCGAUUUAAAGGAUAUAAAUAUCACACGGUUGCGCGAGCGUAUAGGUGUGGUCGGACAGGAACCGGUUCUAUUCGGUACGACCAUUUAUGAGAAUAUACGUUAUGGCAGAGAAGAUGCAACCAGAGAGAUGAUCAUAGCAGCUGCGACAGCGGCAAACGCGCACAUUUUCAUAAAUAAGUUGCCAAAUGGUCUUGAUACUUUAGUCGGUGAACGAGGCGCACAAUUGUCGGGUGGACAAAAACAAAGAAUCGCCAUUGCACGUGCUUUAGUUAGGGAUCCGGAGAUUUUGUUACUAGACGAAGCAACAUCGGCAUUGGACACCGCUAGCGAAGCCAAAGUGCAAGCGGCUCUUGAAAAGGCAAGUAAGGGACGUACAACAAUCAUUGUCGCUCAUCGUUUAUCGACAAUACGACGCGCUGAUCGUAUUAUAGUGAUUGAUAAAGGUGAAGUAGUCGAGAGCGGUACACAUUUUGAGUUGAUGGACCUUAAGUCACACUAUUAUAAUUUGGUUACAACGCAAUUGGGCGAUGAGCCAUUGACUGCCGGUGUAGAUAAUGCUAACAAAACAGAGGAUUUCCUGAACAAAAAGGACGAGGAUGAAGAAUUAAUUGAUAUUAAAAAUGAAGAGAUUGCUUUGAUUGAAGAAGAUACCGAAGAUCCAUCACUUUGGCCAAUUCUGAAGAUGAAUAAACCCGAAUGGCCGCAUUUAGUGAGCGGUAUUAUUUCCUCAGUGAUAAUGGGCUGUGCAAUGCCGAUAUUUGCUGUGUUAUUCGGUGAAAUUCUUGAAGUUUUGGCGGUUAGAGAUGAUCCAGAUUAUGUACGCGAAAAUUCAAAUAAAUAUAGUUUAUAUUUCUUGAUAACUGGUAUUAUUGUGGGCAUUGCAACAUUCAUACAGAUCUUUUGCUUUGGCAUUGCUGGUGAGCGACUAACUGAACGUCUCAGGGGUUUAAUGUUUGAGACGAUUCUAAAGCAAGAAGUCGCUUGGUUUGAUGACAAAUCCAACAGUACGGGCAGUCUUUGUGCGAAACUUUCAGGUGAUGCAUCUGCAGUUCAGGGUGCGACUGGUCAACGUAUCGGUACCAUUUUUCAAUCCUUGGCCACUCUUUUACUAGGUAUAGGCUUAUCCAUGUAUUAUGAAUGGAGUUUAGGUCUUUUGGCCUUGGCGUUUGCACCAUUUUUAUUGUUGGCAGCUUAUUUGCAGCGCAAAGUAAUGAGUAAAGAAAAUAUGGGCACUGCCAAAAGUAUGGAGAGUUGCACAAAGCUCACUGUUGAAGUCGUCUCGAAUAUACGCACGGUUGCAUCUUUGGGCCGUGAAGAGAUGUUCUACAAUCAAUACAUGGAUAUGCUUAAUCCCGCAAUUGCGCAAGCCAAGCGAAAUACACAUUUCCGUGGCUUUAUCUAUGGUUUGGCUAGAUCUCUCAUGUUUUUCGCUUAUGCUGCCUGUAUGUAUUAUGGCGGUUGGUGUGUGGUAAACCGAGGCAUGCAAUUUGGUAAUGUUUUCAAAGUAUCACAAGCCUUAAUUAUGGGUACCACCUCGAUUGCAAACGCUUUGGCUUUUGCGCCGAAUUUCCAGAAGGGCAUAACUGCGGCAAAGAAAAUAUUUUCACUAUUAAGUCGUGAGCCGAAAAUCUUAGACAAACCGGGUGUUUCACUUGUACCAUGGACGGCAGAAGGCAAAGUCGAUUUUACCGAUGUCAAAUUCAGUUAUCCCACACGUGCUGCGAUACCAGUACUUAGGAGUAUAGUACUGAAUGUCAAGAAAGGUCAAAAGGUUGCUUUAGUCGGUUCGUCGGGUUGUGGCAAGUCUACAUGUAUACAGCUACUCCAACGCUUCUAUGAUGUUGACGGCGGGUCGGUAUCUAUCGAUGAUAUUGAUUUGCGUAAACUAUCACUUUCGAAUUUACGCCGCCAAUUGGGUAUUGUUUCACAAGAGCCCAUUCUAUUCGAUCGAUCCAUUAAGGAGAAUAUUGCUUAUGGUGACAAUAAGCGACAAGUGUCCGAGCAGGAAAUAUUCGCAGCAGCUAAGAAGGCGAACGUACACAAUUUUGUGGCAUCAUUGCCAUUGGGCUAUGAGACACGUAUGGGCGAAAAGGGCACACAAUUGUCGGGUGGUCAAAAGCAGCGUAUCGCCAUUGCGCGCGCUAUGGUUAGAAAUCCGAAGAUCCUGCUGCUUGAUGAAGCCACGUCAGCGCUUGACGCUGAGAGUGAAAAGGUUGUGCAAGAGGCAUUGGAUGCGGCUAGUGAAGGACGUACGACGAUUAGCAUCGCCCAUCGAUUAUCCACCAUUAUCGAUUCCGAUGUGAUAUUUGUACUCGACAAUGGUCAAGUAGCAGAGUUAGGUACACAUAAAGAGCUUCUCAAAUUGCGUGGCAUCUAUCAUACGCUGUGGAGAUUGCAAACGGGGGAUUAACGCUUACAACACUAAGACUUUGGCACUAAUUAAAAAUGUUAUCUUAUAAGCAUACGCUGAUAUAUAUAUAUACUAUAUUUGUAAAUAUGUACAAUCUAUAAUUUAAAUUUAUAAAAUGUAUUUGAAUGCGAAUUUUAAAAAUACGUCUAAAGAAGACUUCACAAAGUUUUGAAAGUCUAAUGUAUGCCUUUUUAUAUAAAGUAUUUUU